CAAGCAUUACAGCAACACCAUGCUUUCACAUAAGUACAGUCACAGUCACAAGAGAGCAGUCAGACAGCUGCUGAGCUUUGACAGCUAACAUGUCAGAGACACUGGGAGGCAACAUUUUCGUGACUGGAACAAACAGAGGCAUUGGUUUGGAGCUGGUGAAACAGCUGGCAGAGAAGACAGGACCCGAGGCUCGAAUCUAUGCCUGCUGCAGACAGCCAGAGGGGAGCGGGGCUGAGGCCCUGAGAGCCCUCGCCACUCAGUAUCCUGGAAAGAUCACUAUAAUCAAGCUAGACAUGUCAGAUGAGGACAGUAUCUCGGCUGCUGUCCAAGCUGUGAGCAAGCAGAUUGGGGCUGGUGGUUUGAACCUCCUCAUCAACAACGCGGCUAUCAACAAACCGGCCGUACCGGCAUUGUUAGAUGUCACCGGGAAAAAGGACAUGAUGGAGGUAUACGAAACCAAUGUGGUGGGACCAUUUCUCCUUGUGAAGAUGCUUCUUCCACUCCUCCAGAGAGCAGCAGAGAAGGACAGUGGUGAUAAAAUGUCCUGCCGGAGGUCAGCCAUCAUCAACAUCUCCACCGUCAUCUCAUCCAUAGAGAAAUGUCCAGAGACCUUCACCAUGGCACAGAUGUACCCUUAUAGGACCAGCAAGGCAGCGUUGAACAUGCUGACUCGCUGUCAGGCUGAGAACUUCAAGAUAAACAACAUACUGGUGACAGCACUCCACCCUGGCUGGGUCCGCACUGACAUGGGAGGAAAAGAGGGCCACUUGUCCACACAGGAAAGCGUAUAUGGCCUGAUGAGUGUGAUGUCAUCACUCAGCAACAAAGACUGUGGGAUGCUUCUGGACUGGGAGGGCAACAGAAUUCCAUGGUAGCAGUCACCAUAACGACCAAGCCAGGCCUACCAAAUCAAUAUUUUUUGCAUAUAGAUACAAAUAAAAGAUAUAGUAUACCAAGGUGAUGUCUGACAUCUUGUA